CGAAACGCGAAGGUCCUACGUCGUCCGAGCCUGCGUCAAGUCCGUCGACCUCGUGAUGCCCCUCGUGGUGUGGAAGAUUCAGACGGACACGGUGCCAGACGUGACGCCGGCAUUCACGGCACUGCACGCUGUGCGCGAGGCGGUUCGCGUCCUGCUGGCUGCGUACGGACCCAGCACAGCGGCUCGCGUGUUGCCUGCCACGCGCUUCAUGUCGGUCAACGCGCUCAACAUGAGCGUCACCUGGCCCAUGCUGGACGCCAUUUACUCGUUUCUGCCGCAGGUGAAGGCAGAUGGCAGCUACUUCCGCGUACUCGUCGGUGCUACGACCGCCACGGUGCGCUUUUUCACUCGGUCGCUGCGCCAACCCAAAAGCAACGUGUACCACGUAGCCGGGGUGGCACCGCUGCGCACCUACCGGCUGCUGGUCGCACGCGAGCUGGUGGUCAAGGACUACCUUUUCCGGCCGCCGCUCACCGAGGACCGGCAUCCGCCCGCCGUGCUGGCAGCGGUCUUGGGAACGACGAUCGCGCAGCAGAUCUUCGCGCUGCUCUCGAUCUUGUUCUUCUACAACGACCGUUUCGAGCCAGUGGCGCCGGCGGAUCUGGGCCCGGAGCUGAUCGCCAUCAGAGCAGAGCUGGCGCGGUACCGUUUGCUGCUGGCUAAUCGGACGAGCGAGCUGGGAACGCUGCGCGCGAGUGAGAUCCGGCUGCUGACUACUCUCAGCCUGGCCGCAACCGCCGCCAGCCACGCGGCGUCCUUUCUGGAAGCUCGCUGGUCAGGAACGGCGUCGCUGGGAGCGACUACGGGACACGGCGGCGACGCCACGUUCGGCGGUGUCCCUCGCGACAAGCUCUUCUUCCUCGUGAACUGCUUCCCGUCUUGCGGACUCUCUGGCCGGGAACGGAUUAUGCAGGCAUGUCCCGACCGAUUUUAAAUUCCUGAUCACCUUCCACAUAAGUUCCGCUAAGGGCGUGGAACACUUCUGCAAAUAUGGGAAGUCUAUGUGGAACGAAGUUAAGAUGUUCAACUUUAUUAGUAGAUGUUAUGUGGGACAAAAAUCAGGACGAUAUACAGGAACAGUGGCAAAGGAGCUGGACCGAAGGAAGAGCCUAAAGUAUGUUCCAGUUACUUAAUAAACAGAGAUAUAGUAAUGGCAGAAAGAAAAGGAUGCA